UCAAAGUGAUGCAAAAAAAAUAUCAUCUAUAGCUUUCCAGCAGACAUUCCAGUGUUACACAUUCUCCCAUGGCUGCAGGUGUAUAAAGUUUGGGGUGGAGAAACCUGACUGGCCUGCACAGAUUGCUGACCUCAACCUUAUUGAACAUCUUUGGGAUUAAUUAGAGUAGAGGCUGCAAUUCUGGUUUUCUCAUCUUACUAUGAACACUCUCCUAAACCUGGUGGAAUAUGUUUGUGUUUAAGUUUAAGUUGUGUUUGCUGGCAACGGUGGGUCCAUCAACAAAUUGGACCUUAUAGAUUAAGAAUAGGACGUCAUCAAAGUUCAUCUAAAUGUAAAAAUAGACAGAUACUUUUGGUAACAUAGUCUAUUUCCACAGUGAAUGGUGCAUCCAUGCAUCCUUCAGUUUCACACAACUGAUAGCACACAGGUAAUAUAAACAACCUAAGACCAUCGGGAAUUUGCAUGUCAUCCAGCAUUAUUUGACAGAUUUGUUUUAAAGUUGUCAUGCCGCAGAAUCAUUACAUUCCUUCUAAAAGUCUUCAGUGGGAGCAGAGCAUCUGAAAUGGGGUUUAAAACAAAUCUGGCUGUAUCUGCUGGUCUCUUCAUUUUGGCUAUUGUGAUUGUGGUUCCACUGGCAGCUCUCCUUUCUCCUCGAACAACCCAGUUCAGGGCAACAUUCAUGCAGAAAUGUCAGGCUUUCCCAGAGACAAGCCAAAGAAGAUUUGAGGAAGCCUAUGUGGGACACAAUCCAUGUAACUUUCCAGAAGAAAAAUAUGAUUAGCUCUUUAUAGAAAACCCCUUCACACAUUCAUGUGGCAAAACAAUGUUCUGGAGCGGCACAAAAGAUCUGGUGCAACAGUUCACUGAAAAAAGGGAUAAUUUUGUCACCAUGGAGAACACCCUGUUAGGGCACAUAAUGAGUGACCUGACAUGGUAUGGAAGAACAGGCAGCAGAGUCACCUUCUUGUACAUGUGUAAAAAGUGCAAUAACAAUACAGUCUCUUCAUUCUGGACCAAAGCCUCUGCAGCGUUUGCUGAAUACACCUGCGGACAUGCUAGCAUUAUGCUAAAUGGAGAGAGAAGCAAACCAUUUGAUCCGACCAGUUACUUUGAAGCCAUUGAAGUUAAGAAACUCAUCUAUCCCAAAGUGCAGAGCCUGACUGCUAUUCUUGUUAGCAAGAACAAUAAGUAA